AUGGAGUCUAAAGCUCCCAUUCAAAUCCUCCUUGUAUCUUAUCCAGCACAAGGACACAUAAACCCUCUUCUUAGACUAGCAAAAAUUCUUGCUGCAAAGGGUUCCUCCGUCAUUUUCACCACCACAAAGAAAGCUGGCAAAGAAAUGCAAACUGUUAACAACAACACUGACAAAACCGUCACUAAAAUCGGCGACGGUUCACUCAGUUUCGACUUCUUUGACGACGGUUUGAAUGACGAUGAUCCAAUGAGAACAAAUCUGUGUGACUACGAAUCACAUCUUGAGCAUGUUGGGAAACAAUAUGUUUCCCAAAUGAUCAAAAAUCACGCCGAGUCAGAAACACCAAUUUCAUGUAUCAUAAACAACAUUUUUAUUUCAUGGGUUUGUGAUGUAGCCACAGAAAAUGAAAUUCGUUUUGCUAUUUUGUGGAGUGAAUCUUGUGCUGUUUUAACUACUUACUAUAACUAUUUCCACAAACUUGUACCUUUUCCUUCAAAAACUGAACCUUAUAUUGAUGUUCAAUUGCCUUCUGUUAUCCUUAAACACAACGAAAUUCCUGAUCUUUUGCAUCCUUUUAAUGGAUUUCAUUUUAGGACACUUCUAGCGACACUCAUUUUAGGACAAAUUAAAAACUUGUCGAAAGCGUUGUGUGUGUUUGUGGAUACCUAUGAUGAACUAGAGCGUGAUUUCAUCGAUUAUAUUUCGAAAAAACCAGUCAACAUAAGACCAAUCGGUCCUUUGUUUAAGAACCCGAAAAUUAAAGGUGAUUUCGUUAAGAGUGAUGAUUCUUCUGAUAUUAUAGAGUGGCUAAACUCAAAGCAGGAAGAUUCUGUGGUUUAUAUUUCAUUUGGGACUAUUGUGCAUCUUCCACAAGAACAGGUGAGUGAAAUUGCUUAUGGGUUAUUGGAUUCUCAUGUCUCGUUUUUGUGGGCAUUAAGGCAACAUGAUGAUUUACCUAAAGCUUUCUUGGAGGAAACAAAUGGGAGAGGAAAAGUUGUGAAGUGGUGUCCACAAGUACAAGUACUUUCUCAUCCUUCAGUGGCAUGUUUCAUAACACAUUGUGGUUGGAAUUCAUCAAUCGAAGCACUUGCUUCAGGAGUUCCUGUGCUGACAUUUCCAGAUUAUGGGGAUCAAGUCACAAAUGCAAAGUUCUUGGUUGAUGUUUUUCGUAUGGGAAUUAGAUUGGGUUAUACUCGAGCUGAAGAGAAAUUGGUGACAAGAGAUGAUGUGAAAAGGUGCUUACUGGAAGCAAUGGAAGGGCCAAAAGCACAAGAGUUGAAGCAAAAUGCAAUCAAGUGGAAGAAGGCGGCAGAUGAUGCGGUGGUGGCUGGUGCUGGAUCUUCUGACCGGAAUCUUGAUGCAUUUUUGGAAGAUAUUAAGAAUUGUGGUGCUGUUAAUAUUCAAAAGAUAUGA